AUGCCAAUCUGGACAGCAUUCUCUGUGUUUCUGGUUUGGAGGUUGCAACGUGAGAUGGCCUGGAAGACAUUCCGCAAGAUGGAUGCCGAUCUGGUCAUGCAGCAUAAGUAUCGCACUUUCCAGGUGCUGGUGGCUUUCCUCAAGUUCGACGCCAUCUAUAUCCUUGAGUAUUUCGUACGGAUCAUCACGGCAAUUUCCAGCACUGAAGUACAUCCACUUGGAGAUAUCUCUCGCUGGGUCUUUCCAAUGCUCUGGACUAUAUUACCGAUGUCUUUCCUUCUCUUCCUCGCUACGGCAUGUUGCGUUCGACACGAGCACACGUUGAGAACAUUCAUUCUGAUGGCCUUCUAUCUCUGUAUAUUUCUCGUGAUCGGCUGGUUCAUAUUCUAUCUGAAAAAAGCAAGCGGGGGCAAUCUGAGCGUCUCCCUGAAGUUAUCCUUUUAUGGGAUUUCCUCUGCGAGUUUAAUCUUCUGCACUCUGUGUACAGCCGCUAUGUGCUACCGAAACUUCGACCACGGUCUCAAACCGUAUAUAGGCGGAGGCAAGAUGGCGACUCUUCUGGAGGAGAAUUUCGAAAUGGAGACGCUCAGGAAUGAUUCGUCUACGUCUACGUCUAUGGCUGAGGCAUAG